AUGAGAGACAAAGUACAGGGAGAGACACAUAUAGGUGUAAGGACGAGUGAACGAGUGAAUAUGAGCAUGAACAUGAACAUGAAUGCAAGUAUGAGUAUGAGUGGGAGCAUGGGCCAAUUCAUUCAAAGCAUGUGCAGACACACUACAUACUGCAUACUAUAUGCACAAGCAAUGUCAGAAUGUGUUUUAGCAGAUUUUACGGCAGUCGUGUGGAAUUGGCCGACUCUCGAAGCACAUUUUUUCUUCUUUUUGUGGGAACCAGAAUCAGAUCUUGACAGGAUUACAAACCUGGUGCCAAAUUUCCCUCGGACAGCCCGUGGUUUUUAUGUUUUUUUUUUGGUGAUCACAAAUUCAAUCACUUUUGUCUAA